GUCGCUAACAUGGAGGAGGCCAACAAGCUGGUCGGCACCGGGAAGAAGCACCUGGUGAUGGGGAAGGUGGUGGAGGCGGUGAGCGCCCUGCAGGAGGCCUGUGGCAUGCUGGCUAAAGAGUAUGGCGACACAGCUGAUGAGUGUGGAGAGGCUUUCUUCUGGUGCGGUAAGGCGCUGCUGGACCUGGCACGGAUGGAGAACUCAGUCCUGGGUAACGCUCUGGAAGGAGUUCCUGAAGAAGAUGAGGAGGAAGAGAAACCCAAAGACUCCAAUGUUGAGAGCACAGAAAACAUUGAUGAGAAGACCAGAGACGAGAUGAGGGUUCAGGUGUACGACGCCAUGGCCGAGAAGAAAAACGAAGAUGCCCAAAAGGCUGAAGGAAAGCUGAGUGAAAAGGCAGAGAAGAAAGACGAAGAUGCCCAAAAGGCUGAAGGGAAGCAGAGCGAAAACCCAGACAAGAAAGACGAAGAUGCCCAAAAGUCUGAAGGGAAGCAGAGCGAAAAGCCAGAGAAGAACGGUGCCGUGGUGAAGGCCUCCGCUGGUGAUGCACAACAGAAAGCAGCAAAGAAGGGAGAGGAGGAAAAGAAGAGCAAGGUUACUGAAGACAAAUCUACUGAAACUGAAGACGAGAAGGAAAAUGAGAAACAAGGCGAGAAAUCAGCAGAGGAAGCAGAAGACGGUGAAGAAGAAGGCGAGGAGGAGGAAGAGGAGGAAAUGGAGGCUGACGCACAAGAGCAAGGCGAAGGAGACGCCACCGCUGAGAAGGACAGUGAGGAUGAUGAUGAGGAGGGGGAGGAGGUGGGGAACCUGCAGCUCGCCUGGGAGAUGCUGGAAGUGGCCAAGGUCAUUUACAAGAGGAAAGAGUCUAAGGAUGAUCAGCUGAUGGCAGCGCAGACCCACCUGAGACUGGGUGAAGUUUCUGCUGAAUCAGGAAACUACUCCCAGGCGUUGGAGGAUUUCCAGGAGUGUCUGAAGCUGCAGGUGAAACACCUGGACUCCGACAGCCGCCUGCUGGCUGAGACUCACUACCAGCUGGGCCUGACCUACAGCCUGAACCUCCAGUACCACCUGGCUGUGGACCAGCUGAACUGCUCCAUCUCCGUCAUAAAGAGCAGGCUGGACAAGCUGCAGCAGCUGCUGGACAAGGCCGAGGGCCCGGAGGCUCUGCCCGGCGAGAGGAAGGAGAUGGAGGAGCUGAAGGCUCUGCUCCCAGAGAUCAAGGAGAAGGUGGAGGAUGCCACAGAGGGACUAAAAAUGACAAGUGCUGCUUUGGGGUCUGUGAAGGAUGCACUGGGGGGAGGCUCUACUUCCUCUGCAUUCCCAGAGUCUGCUCUACAGAACGGUGACGCUGCCUCCAGUUCAAAAGUGAACGGCACAUCACCUAAAAGAGUCAGUUCCACCAACGGACACUCGUCCUCGGCUGCAGUCUCUGACAUCUCCCACCUGGUCAGGAAGAAGAGGAAACCCGAGGAGAGUCCAGUGAAGGAGGGUGCGGUGAAGAAGGUGAAGCACGAGUCUCCCACUGACAAAGUCGACAAAGCCGGCAGCAAAAACUGACGGCAAAACAAACAGUAUGGAAUUCGACAGUAAGUGAACCUGGUUUCCCUCCUGACUUUCCUCUGCGCCCAAGAGAUUCACCGUCCCGCCAACCACUUGUUCUUGUCGGACUUGUUUGCUGUUGUAAAUAUGCAUCUAUAACUA